AUGCCAAACAACACCCCCGCCGGCGUUGUGCUCAACUGCGGUGAUAGUCCACUGGCAAUUGCAUCGGGCGUCACUGGGUUCUGGACAACCUUCGUUGCAUUUGGCGUCGCAUAUUACGCAUUCUACCGCGUUGUUAUCUCGGCGCCCGAGACGUAUGCCGCCUUCUGUUCCGACGUCAGUCUUUUUCACUGGCAGUUGCAUAAUAUCCAAAAAGACUUGGAAUACUACGAACGACAGCUGAGCGGUGACCAUCAAGAAGCCCCAGAUCAUGAGAUUCUUAUGGUAAAGGGGCGAUUACAUGAGGGGUUCCAGACAUAUGAGAAGGCAACGACGUUCCAGCAAGAACUAGCUGCCUCCGUGGGUGCGGCGGUGCGAACAAACAGGCAGUUUUCAGUCACUCGACUCCGGGUUGGAUUCAGGUGGUGGUGGUCACAGAAGGCUCAAGCCACCAGCCUGGCGACCGAGAUAGCUAGCCAUCGCUCUCACCUGACCUUCAGUGCUUUGACAUUGGCCCAGUCGAAUGGCCGAGCCAGCAUGCCCCCUCCAGGACAUGAUCAUCCUCCUCGGAGACCGAUCAGCAGGACCCCGAGCCAUGUGAGCCAGGGCUAA